AUGUCAAUCUACAUUUUGGAUUCGGAUUGUCUCUCUAUAAUUUUUCACUAUCUACACUUUGCGGAACGGGUGAAAUUCGAGGCGGUUUGUCGAAAAUGGCGGGGAGUAUUGUUGAGAUACUCGAUUAACACGGAUAUUCGAUCAAUCGACAUAUCAAAAUUCCUCAAGACUGCAAACACCGACUAUUACCAACAAGACAGCCUCUCCUUCGAGCCGACUACAAUCGGGAUUUUGGAGCGUUGUGGACCCUAUCUUGAAGAGCUAUCACUUGGUGGUAGAUGGAUGAAAAUCACUCAAGGAGUUUCCGACACAAUUGCUAGCUACUGUUACCGUUUACGGGUACUUGAUCUAGGAGCCGUUAUUAUUCAUGGUGAUAUCAGUGCGAUUCUCGAAGAAGUGGCCGAUAAUUUGGAGGUGUUUUCUCUCGAAGACACAAGUUGGGUGGAUCCAAAUGCCAGCAAAUUGAUCACGCGAUACUUUGAUCGCAUGAAAAAGCUCCGGCGUCUUAAUAUGCGGGCUCAAUCAAAAUACAUCCUAAAUCAAUUACAUGACAUCACCGGUACCCUGCAGUCGCUCGAUAUAAGCACAGCUCUUCGAGAGAUGUCAAACUCUUCAUUGCUAUCUUUGUUGGGAAAACAACAAAAGCUUAAAGAGCUUUUCAUGUAUCCAUCGCCAGUGCUACUCAAUGAUGAGAUGAUUUCAAUGUUGGUGGAGCUGAAAGAAUUGAAGACACUUAGAAUCAGCCAUGUUCCUAACGAUAACUACAUCGUUGAGUUUCUCGGUCAGAUAGAAGCUAUGAAAGAACUCAAGUUGAGAGAAGUUCGAGCGCUUACUGAAGAGGGUCUUCAGGCAAUAUUGAGUAACCUACAAAAGCUUAAAAUCCUAUCCAUCGCCAAAUGCCAAAACGUCUUCGGGUUUAACGCACUAGACCACUGUCAUAGUCUCGUGGAACUCGAGAUAACAGACAAUUCCAAUCUGAUCGACGAAGACCUAUUUUCGAUUUUUGAUAUGGGACUUCUAAAAAUUUUGAGAAUAUCUCGGUGCAACAAUGUGAGCCAUGAGGCUAUAAUGCAUGCGUUGCAAAGAAAUCAAAUUGAAACACUCGAUUUGACUGGAAGCACAAUGAUGACUGAUGAAGUGCUCUUUGCCAUAGCCUCCACUCAACAAGAGCUUUCUUAUUUGAGCGUUAAUGGCUGCCCCAAAAUUUCCAGGUUGCCG